CUGAGCCGAAAACAAGACGACUAAGGAAGCAACGUCUCUUUUUUACGCGUGAGAGUCGCACACUAUCACGUCGAUAUGUCUACACAUAAGAAGAAGACUAGGAAGUUGCGAGGACAUGUGAGCCAUGGUCAUGGACGUAUUGGCAAGCACCGCAAGCACCCUGGUGGUCGUGGUAAUGCCGGUGGUAUGCACCACCAUCGCAUCAACUUUGAUAAGUACCAUCCUGGAUACUUUGGAAAGUUAGGUAUGCGCAACUACCAUUUGCGUAGGAAUCAGAAGUUUUGUCCCACUCUGAAUUUGGAUAAACUCUGGACACUUGUGUCAGAACAGACCAGGCAGAAGUACAAAAAUGCUGAUCCUGAAACUGGAAAAGUUCCUGUCAUUGAUCUUGUCAAAGCAGGAUACUAUAAACUUCUUGGAAAAGGACGUAUUCCAAAACAGCCAGUUAUUGUCAAGGCUAAAUUCUUCAGCAAAUCAGCUGAAGAUAAAAUCAAAGAAGCCGGAGGAGUUUGUGUACUUAGUGCAUAAAUUGUAAGAUAAAUAAUAGCUGUUAAUGAAUUGAAGAAAAUCAAUAAAAAAUAUGUUUUAUCCAAAACUA